AUGUAUUAUCAGCGAACCAGAGAGCAUCCACCUACCGUCACAGAUAUAUGCGACCUGCUGGAAGUCUCCAACGGUAGUUACACACAAGGAGACGCAUCCGUAUGGCUGGACCUGGAACCAUAUUACGGCCGCAUUCGGCCGCCCGAAAUCGACUUCCGCUUAUUAAAGGAAUGGAACCGAAUUUGCGGCAACGUCCACGGAGAUCCGUGCGGUCUCACAUCGAUUCACACAAAGCGACGGCCCCGUAUGAUCCGCAGCAUAGACGUCGACGCAAUGUGUAUCGUUGACCUGCGGAAUCCAGGGGCCAAGUGGGUGGCGCCGAGCUACGUCUGGGGCAAGCGAGAGUUCAAGGUGUUGAAGGGGACUUCGCUGGAAUUACUGCGAUGCCCGGGUGCCUUGGACUCUUCGUGGAUACCUGAUACCAUUUUGGACGCCAUCACGGUCACACGCAUGAUAGGUGAGAGAUACCUCUGGACCGACAGUCUUUGCAUCAUUCAAGUCUCGCCCCAAGACAAAGCAACCUUCAUUCCCCUCAUGGAAGUCAUAUACGGGCUCGCUACGUUAACAAUCGUCGCCCUCUCCGGAGAAGGCGCAUACGAUGGACUUCCAGGACUGCAGAAAGCCCCGCCUCCGGACGGGUUGGGCUUCACGCCAGCAGAUCGUAACCGAAGCAAGUACAUGACACGAGGAUGGACUUUCCAAGAGAUACUGCUAUCCCGCUGGCUUCUGAUAUUUACCCAAGAGGUGGUGUUUUGGGAGCGUCAAUCGGCCACUUGGCGCGAAGACGCCAAUUGGGAAAUUCUAGAUCCCGUGAACCGUGGCCUCACCCUCUUUCGCAACAGCGUUUUCAAUUUUGACCACGAGGGGAUUCAUAUCCCAAAAGCUGAUCCAGAAUCGAUCAACCGGAUGUAUCAGAGCUUGGUGUCCGACUACGGUAAAAGGGAAUUGACUUACGAUGGAGACGCCCUAGCCGCCAUUGAGGGAAUUCUAGCCUCCAUUCAGCUCACUAGCGGCUUCGGCUUCACCUGGGCUCUGCCGAAGUCAUUUCUUGGUGUGGCAAUUACAUGGUCAACAGACCACAAUGUCAGCAGUGUUCGCAGGCGCAAAGCAACUUACACAAUAGCCACCAAACAUGAUACGAUACAGGUCCCGUACCCGAGCUGGUCCUGGAUUGGCUGGAUAGGCCCAAACUUGUUCGACGACUUGUUUGGCAGUCUGGUAGGGGAGCACGCCGGUCUGGAAUUUUACAUGCUUGACGGCGAGAAGAACUGGCUCGUCCUCAUUGAACAGAACCAGUCUUUCAUUCAGAUGGAGAGCAGCAACAACCCCCACCGCAGGGCGCCGCCUACAUGGAGAGAAGCUGCCAUUCCCUUCAGGCGCGAGGAUCCGAGUAGGAGGUGCUACCGUGACUAA